GCCUAUUGUACGGGACUGCGACUGCGCGCCUCUGCAUCUGAUCCCGCCGUGCCCUUGCCAUCGCCGCCGUCCCGCUGUCGCCUGCCCGCUGCCGUCCAACGCGUGUCGAGCGUCUUUGUGCCCUCUUGGCGCCGCCCUGCGUGCCGCUCCCCAUUGUCGCGAACUUUGGCCAGCGACCAGCAGCUCACACGCCGUCACCCGCACCCACGCCCGGCCCGACCGCUGCGCCUGCGCCUGCGCGUGAGAUUGAGCUCCGCCGACGCGCAGAUCCCGCCUCGCCGCCGCCCUUGCUGGGGGCAUGUACUGACCCGCCUCGACGCGCGCAUCGCGACCUUCAUCACCACCAUGGCCGCCGCCAACGGCACCCUCGCCCCGCCCGCCCUGCCCACUGCGCCCGAGUCGCCCUCGAUCGCCAAGCGCAAGCACGCCGACACCGCCGUCGUGCUCUCCAAUGGCGCGCCCGCCGCCCCGAAAGAGGCGCCCGACGGCACGCUGCACGCCGUGCUCGCCGACGUCGCGUCCGUCUUGGAGGGCUUCGACACGCAGCCGUCCAUCCUGACGCACCCCAUCGCCCCCGCGCCCGCGCGCAGUCCCUCGGGCGAGGCCGACACCAAACGCGCCAAGCUGGGCGACCCCACCGGCCCUGCGACCGUCGCCGACCGUGUUCGCGCCGGCUCGUACGCCUCGCUGCGCGCGCUCGAGGACGACGUAGAGACCGUGGCUGCUGCGAUUCUGGCCGCCAACACCAGCGACGAUGCCGCCGACGACGCGAAGCUGCACGCCAAGGUGCUCGCCUUCCAGAAGACGCUCCGCAAUCUCGUCGAGCGUCAAGAGGCACGCGCAAGCCAGAUCGAGCAGGACACGACUGACGUCGCCCCCACCGCCGAGGCCGUCACGCACGACGAUGCCGUGCAGGUCAAGCAGGAGGACGACGACGACGAGCCGGCGCCCAGCAGCCGCACCGUUCUGACGCUGUUUGGCACCGCCCAAGGCCCGAAGCAGCUCUUCUCGAGCCUGCAGCAGCCGCACAAGAUCGCCCCCGCUGACGGGAUACCCUCCUUCGACGCAUCCGUCAAGAUCACCCUGCCCCUGCGCGAGGCUACCCUGCCCCAGAACAUCCAGACAACCGAAGUCUUCCCGCUCUCGGACCAGCCAGACGAGAAGAAGAAGCUCACCACCAUCGGCGACGUCUUUCGCGCGCCUGCACACUUGCCCCAGAUCAGCCCUCCAAAGAUCGCAAGGCCGACCACGAGCAAGGGCAACACCAUCACAUUCGCCCAUCCAGAGCCGACCAAGCCCAAGCGCAAGGGCUCGCAGUCGUAUGCUCACCAGAGCCUCUCGGCCGGCUUCUGGCUGGGCUACGGCGGCGUCGACGCGCCCAAGGACCAGACGUCUCCCACGGCACGGCAAAAGAGCAGGCAACGCGCUCUCAGUACCGGCGAAGCUCAGCAACCGCCGUCUGAAGCCAUUCUGGUCGCUGUCCAGCAGGCCAAGGAGGACGCCAUGUUCCGCAGCGCAUACUCCAGCUUUGCCCCGACGCGCGACGACUCGACUGCCAUUGUUCCCGAGGAGACCAAAAACAAGGUCUGGUGGCAGAAGGUCGGCGAGAAGCGCUUCAACGAAGUCUUCCCCAUCGACCCGCAGCUCCUCGACGCCGACGAGCUUUCUGAAGCCAACGGCACUGCUGUGGAUGAGGAAGAUUUCGAGGCGUUGGUGGAAAACUACGUCCCGGCCGAACCCAACUUCUUCCUCGAGUCCGAAAACGAGCACGACAAGGACAUCGCCGAACUACUCAAAGACAUUUCAGAGCUCAUCGAGACCCUUGCCUCCCACCAGAGGAUACGCAAUUCAUCACUAACCACGAACCCUCGCACGCCAGUAGUGCAAAACUCGUCGCUCGCCCAGCUGGUCGGCAGUCCCUCGACGCCCUCCUCGGACGAAAUCGACGUUUACCAGAUUCUCAAGUCUCAGCUGACGUUGAUGAUAUCGCAGCUGCCCCCGUAUGCCGUCGCGAAACUGAACGGCGACCAGCUCGAGGAACUCAACAUCAGCCGCACCAUCCUGUUCGACACGAAGGAGUACAGGGGAAUCAUGGAAGAGGACCAGCUGUCAAGACUGGCAAAGGCACCUGCCGUGGCCCCAGUCCCACCGCCUACACUUACCCGCGCUGGCUCCGGCUCGCAGCCCCUCUACCCGGCUGGCAGCACGCAGUACGGGCGACCGCCAUCGUCUGCACGCCCUGUGCAGGCAGCCCCGGCAUUCCACUCACAGCGAUCGUCUUCCAUACAGUACCAGCGCUCGCCAUCUGGACCAACACAAAACUUCCAGGCCGGCGCGGGAUCGUACGCUACCCCUGCGCGACCAGGCUAUGCUGCCACUCCGAGCCACAACCUGCAGACACCCCGACCAGGUGGCCAGUACUACCAACAACGCCCCUCACAGUCAAGUAGCUACGGCGGGGCUGCAAGCUCACAGUUCUACCAAGGCACCCCCCAAACCCAAGGCCAGAACCGCUACACCACCCAGCAGACGCAAAACGGCUACUACCAGCGCUCCACAAACGUCGCCCCCAUGUACGCCACCCCGCAAGCCCGCACCGCCUCGCCCAUGAAGCCCGGCGCCACGCCCGCAGGCUACGGCACCCGCACCGGCUACGCGCCCCCCGGCGGCCAGGUCGCCAGCACCUACUACGGCCCCUCGCAGUACGGCACGCAGACCCCCGCCGCGCGCCCGCCCUUCUCCCCCGCCGGCCCCGCGAAUCCCCAGCAGAUGAUGCUUGACCGCCAGCAGGCGCAGGUUGCGGCCCAGUCGCAGGCGCGUAUUGCUGCGCAGAAUAGCUUUGGGCGCCAGGGCUCGGGCACGCCGCAGCCUAAUGGGGGGUUUGCGGGGGCUAAUGGGACGUCGAUGGCGUGAGGUGCGUGAGGUGGGGGUGUGUGGUGUGGUGAAAAGGUGGGUGUGGUGAAGGUGUGGAGAAAAGGUAUGGCGUUGAAGGGCAUGCAUAGGUUAGGAAUCGUGUAUCUUAGGGAGUGUAUUGUGGGCGAAUUAGAUGUAAUCAGACUGCGCGUCGGUUCAUGUUUGUGGUCAUAGACACAUGGGACUCGUUGUUCUUGACUUCUG